AUGUCUUCAAGUGCUAAGACAAAUAAGAAAACGAUGAUUCCUCCAAUCAAUCUUAUUUUUAAAUAUUUACAGCAACAAUCACCAGUUACAAUAUGGUUAUAUGAACAAACUCAUCUGAGAAUACAAGGAAAGAUAAGAGGGUUUGACGAGUUUAUGAACGUUGUAAUUGAUGACGCUAUGGAGGUGAAUACAAACGACGGGUCAAAAGAAGAAUUAGGGAGGAUACUACUUAAAGGUGAUAACAUUACGUUAAUUUCUAGCUUGGAUGUGUAG